AUGAGAAUUGGAGCAUUUUCGGUCACCAGCGGUAGAGUCGUAGCGACCGACACACUUCAAAAGGCAGCUGGAUUCCAGCGGGAGGGAGACUCAGAGUGCAAUGAAGACUGCGGCUUGAUGGCUUCCUGGACAAUUGACGGCGUCCAGAACGGAAUAUGGAUUGCAGGCACCAUGCAAACACUUGACGCAAGGCAUUAUGAGCUGUUUCUACAUGAUGAGUGGAAAUGUGGGGAGUGGAAAUACGAGCAGCUAGCCUCACACGAAGCGCCGUUUCACUGUCCCCAAGCUGCUGGUGGACUUUUUGAUGCAGGAACCAUUGGCCGUCAAGAGCUAAAAGGUAAGCGCAACUCCAUUACUGGCCGGAUGUAG